GGAGGCGCCCGGCCCCAGGAGCGGGGAUUAGUGGUUUGUUAAUCCCGGGGCAGGACCCGAAACCUGGGUGGUGGGGAGGCUGCGGUUUGACUUCUUUGUGGUCCUGCACAACUCGGACGUUUUGGAGUUUAAGUCUGUUUGUUUGUCCUGAGAAGGGACCUCGGCGGGAGUGUGCUCCCGGGAUCCUAGAGAGGAAAGCAUUGGGGCUGUAGAGAGGGCAGGUUAGGGAAAGCAGGCACUCGGGGGUCUUUGGCCCUGCUGGGGCUCAGUGACCAGGAGCUGAGAAGACCUGAAGAGCGGGGCUCCUCAGUCCUUAGCCCCGACGCUUCGUUUCUUCCUGGACUGCAAAGAAUUAGAUACCUCUCCUCUUCCCCACCCCCACUCCCGGGGCCCUUUAGAAUCAAAACGGAAAAAAUGCUGGGAAAAGGGGAUGAAGAACAUGAGGAAUCUGUUACUUUGGCGUCCUAGAACGUAGUGGGCUUGAGUUGCUCCAGGAACACAUGGGAUUUCUGGAGACAGAAUCCAUCCAUAAACAUAUUGUAGCUUCUGCAGUUUCAGUUCAUCAGGAACGGCAAGCCUUUGUGCGGUGUAUCCUGUAAACGAUUUUUGUGGUGUCGGUGAAAACUUAAUCUUGUAAAUUAGCAUCAGAGUUUUCAAAGACGUUAUUGCAUUAAGCGAAUAGUGUAGUCACACUGCUAGGUGCUCCUGGCUACUGCAGAUAGUAUCCCACGGACAGAGAUAGGCACUUUUUAGUGCUACGUUUUGUGUUAACUGAUGGAAUGGUAUUUUACAUAUUCUAAGUUAAUAGAUGUCAAACCUCAUUAACACAUGACAGUGUAGGUGUACACCUCACUUUACAUAAUAUUUUUAUGUAUUUUGGAAAUCAGUUCGGGAGCCCAUUCUUUUUUGUGAAAACUUAAGUGAUUUUUGUGUAUGAGAGACACCUGCUGGUAGGGAAGAUCUGGGGGGUAAUUGUAGGAGAUAGCAGUGAUACUCUUCAGUAUAGUGCGGGGAAAUCCCAGACCACAAGUCCUGGUGUGUGCCUUGCCUAGCUUCACUUGAUACUCUUCAGGAAUUAUGUAGAAAGGAAAAGCUCACAUGUAAAUCGAUUGGAAUCACCAAAAGGAAUCUAAAUAAUUAUGAGGUGGAAUACUUGUGUGACUACAAGAUAGAAAAGGAUAUGGAAUAUUACCUUGUAAAAUGGAAAGGCUGGCCAGAAACUACAAAUACUUGGGAACCUUCAAGAAAUCUCAAAUGUCCAUUACUUCUUGAACAAUUUUAUAAUGACCAACGUGAUUAUUUGUCUCAGCUAAAGCAAGGCAAAGCAGUAAUGUUGAAAAAUGAUAUCAAAAGUUUGAAGCCUGCUAUUGCUGAGUAUGUUGUAAAGAAGGCUAAACAAAGGGUAGCUCUGCAGAGAUGGCAAGAAGAGCUUAACAGAAAAAAGAACCAUAAAGGAAUGAUCUUUGUUGAAAAUACUGUUGAUCUGGAAGGUCCACCUUUAGACUUUUACUACAUUAAUGAAUACAAACCUGCUCCUGGAAUCAAUUUAACAAAUGAAGCCAUAGUUGGUUGUAUGUGCACAGAUUGCUUCUUUGAGAAGUGCUGCCCUGCAGAAGCUGGAGUUCAUUUGGCUUACAAUAAAAAAAGGCAGAUAAAAAUCCAACCUGGCACUCCUAUCUAUGAGUGCAACUCACGGUGUAAAUGUGGGCCUGAUUGCCCCAAUAGGAUUGUUCAGAAAGGUACACCAUAUUCACUUUGCAUCUUUAGAACUAGCAAUGGAUGUGGCUGGGGAGUGAAAACCCUUGUGAAAAUUAAAAGAAUGAGUUUUGUCAUGGAAUAUGUUGGAGAGGUUAUCACAAGUGAAGAAGCUGAGAGACGGGGGCAGCUCUAUGAUAAUAAAGGAAUCACAUAUCUCUUUGAUCUGGACUAUGAAUCUGAUGAAUUCACAGUGGAUGCAGCUCGAUAUGGAAAUGUGUCUCAUUUUGUGAAUCAUAGUUGUGAUCCAAAUCUUCAGGUGUUCAACGUUUUCAUUGAUAACCUUGAUACUCGCCUUCCUCGAAUAGCACUGUUUUCCACAAGAACAAUACAUCCUGGAGAAGAGCUUACUUUUGAUUAUCAAAUGAAAGGUUCUGGAGAUAUAUCUUCAGAGUCUAUUGACCUCAGCCCAGCCAAAAAGAGGGUCAGAACUGUGUGCAAGUGUGGAUCUGUGUCUUGCAGAGGUUACCUCAACUAAAAUUUCAGGAUAUAGGUCUAAAGAUAAAUGUCAUGGUUCUUUUUGUUUGUUUUUUACUUAAAUCCCAUCUUAGAAAAUGAAUUUUUUUAUAUUUAAGUAUUUGGGAUAUUUUUAUAUAUGCUAAAUCAAGGUUGUUAUGCCUCAUGUUUUCUUAAUUUACAAUUCAUUUCAAAACCACAUUAGCCAAAGACCUUACUGAUGCUUAUUAAUGUGAAAGGGUAAACACAGGGUCACACAAGAGUAGAUCUUACACAGAUUAGUCAAGUGUAUCAGUGCUUAAUAGUUGAAUGUCAAGCCCAUUAGGAAAAUAAAAUUACUUAAGGAUUAGGGUUUUUAUUCAUUCAACAAACAUUUAUUAAGCACUAAUUGUGCACAGCACCAUGCUAAGCACUGGGAAAAAUAAAAAGUUUGGAGAAGAUACCAUCCCUGCCCCCUUGGAGCUUACAUACUUAAGUUUAGUUAUGAAAAUGCUGCUUUUGAAUGUGUAAGUGUUAUCAGUUUAGGACUAACAUUCAAUUUGUUGAGAAAUAUAGUUAGUUUAUUUAAUUUGGACAAUGUAAAAAAGUUCUAUUUUUGUUAAUGUAAUUUAUAUGACAUCCUUAUUCACCUGCUUAACAGUCAUACAUACUGUGUAUGUACUUAUUGAAAAUAGGUGAUAUCAAAUUUUAUACUCUUUUUUUUCUAAUUUUUAUUAAAACAAAUUGACAAGUUACUGAUCCUAAUGUUUGCUAAGGUGUAAAAUUAAAUGUAAAAGAAUAGAAUUUAAAUAUCUUGAUUUCAUAGUUUAGAGAAGUUUGUAGCAUAUAAGGUAUAUUUCUUCUGCUUUUACAAGUGGUUCUUAAACUUCUUUUUCAGAGAACAAUUAAUUCUUUUAAAAGUACUGAAUGGCUGGCCAUCAUAAUUAUGUGGGAGGAAAAGGGUGGGGUUUGGGACCAAAGGGAAAGUUUCUAUCCGCUAAUUUUGCAGCAUCAAAGUCCUUUGCAGUACUCCUCAGAAGAACAGAUUUACAUCCUGAAACCCCUCAUAACUCCACUGAAAAUUGCAAGACCCUGUUUGAGAACUACUGAUCUGUAUACAAUAACCAGAUGUCCCCUAAAGUAUUUUGUGUAUUUCCAUAUUUGCUAAUGUUUCAUAAUAAGAAAAUUUUUCUAAUACAUUAGUAUUACAUCUUUAUUCAGACAAGUUUUAAUGUACAUGCUUUGUUAAACCUAUAGUAUUUUUAUAUUUUCUACAGGCUACUCUUUAAAAAGUGAUAUUUUAGACUGACAUUCUGUACAUGAAUCUUUUGAAAAUGUGAUCAUGAAAGCUAAGUUUGGCCUGGCCAAGAAUAGUUAUUGUAGUAGUUCUAAAUUAUGGGGCUAGAAUCAAAACUGUAAAGAUAAAAAUAGGAUAGUUUUAUCACAUAGGAACACCUAAAAGUUGAAUAAUUUUUCAGCUGCAUUUUUCUGGUUCUGGGAUUGAUUCACUUUGAAUUCUAAACAAGGUGUUCAACAUGAGACAAAUGGUGCAAAAGAAAUUUAGUUCACUGCAUUCCUAAGCCAUGUCUGCCCAAGCCUCUCUUCCUUGCCUACAGUGACUCAAAAAUUGACUGGGAUAAAAACACAGAAAAAAGCAAGUUAACAUGCCCCUGUAUGACACAGAAUCUAUUUUAGGGAAACUCUGCUACUCAUUUGUGAAAUCACUUUUUGUUAAGAAGUGUGCAGUUAGCCAUACAGCAAACAGUUGUUGCAUUAAAAAAUUUUCAUCAUAGUUUUUAGGUUAUUUAUAUUUAUGAACUUGAAACCAGACUUAAAGCAUUUAUGAAAUGGCUAACUUGAAAAGGACUUUUUGUGUGUCUGCUUACAAAUCAUUACAAAUUACAAAUCAUUAUGUGUCUUUAGUCAAUAGUGACAUACUGGCUUCACAGACUUAUGCUUAGGGUGCUAUUUAUUGGAUAAAUCCUGGAGGGGAUGAAGGCGUCAUGUCCCUUUCCUUUCAAAGAUGUAAUUUUAAAUAAUUGUUAAAAUGCAUUUUUAUUUUUAAAGAUGUUAAAUGGUUCGUGAGAUCUUGCCUCUUCAUUUUAAAAGCAAAAUGUGUGGAUAAAC